AUGAGAAACUGGUAUCGUCAUGGGCGGCCACUUCGUGUCGCCAUCUCGACCUGUUGUCUGGCUGCGUUCCUAUUCUUCGGUUUUGACCAGGGCGUUUUCUCCGGCAUCCUGCAGAACAAAGACUGGUUGGACCUGUUUGAUCAUCCGGAUGAUACCGAAACAGGUAUCUUGGUCAGUUGCUACUGCCUGGGAGCUCUUGGAGGAUGUGUUGUCAAUUUCUUCAUUGGAGACAGAUUCGGACGGCGUCGAAUGAUGUGGCUUGCAAUGGGUCUCGUCAUAGUUGGCGCAAGUCUUCAAACAUCUGCCUAUACCGUCCCCCACCUCGUCAUCGGCAGAGUCAUUACGGGCUUCGGUACCGGAAUUGAUUCUUCCACCGUGCCAAUGUAUCAGUCGGAACUGUGCAGAAAGGAAAAACGAGGCCGUCUUGUUUCCUGGGAGGUCUUGUUCAUUGGUAUUGGCAUUUCGUUUGCCUAUUGGCUUGAUUUUGGAAUGAGUUAUGCUGGCGGUCCAGUUGCAUGGCGUCUACCCAUUGCUGUCCAGCUGGUUUUCGCCAUUACUGUAAUCACCUUGUUGUUCGGUCUUCCCGAAUCCCCCAGAUGGCUUUUCAAAAAGGGGCGGGAAGAAGAAGCGAUCCAGGUCCUUUGCGCCGUCUUCGACCUUCCACCGACCGAUCCUUACAUUACAUCUGAAGUGAAGAAUAUCAAACACGCGAUCUCCAUCGAGUCCGGUGUCAGAAGUCAUAGGGCCUUAUUCAAAAACGACCGACUGAAAACUCGAAGAAGAGUUUUACUCGCCUAUUUUGUUCUGUUUAUGAACCAAAUGGUCGGCAUAAAUCUUGUCGUUUAUUACGUACCGACCGUGCUGGUUACAAAUGUCAACAUGACUCCGCGAGUUGCACAGAUUAUCGGGGGAUUUAUCCAGUUGAUGUUCAUCAUUGGCAGUCUUGGUCCGGCUUUGGCUCUCGACCGGAUGGGACGGAAGAAGACAAUGAUGUACGGAGUUUUCGGCCUUGGAAUCUGCAUGAUGAUGGUCUCGAUUCUCCUGAGUUUCGGCAAAAAGAACACCAGCUCGGCUGCAGUGGCUUUCUUCUUCGUGUACAUGAUUGUUUUCGGCGGAUCGAUCAAUUGUGUGCCCUGGGUCUACGGCCCUGAAAUUCUACCUCUCGAAGCACGAUCGCGCGGGACUGCCAUAUCGGUCUCUUCGCACUGGACUUGGAACUUCUUCGUCGUCAUGAUUACUCCAGUGCUGAUCAACCGACUCGGCUGGAAAACAUAUUUGAUAUUCAUGUGUUUGAGCUUCUCCUUCGUCCCAAUAAUCUAUUUCUUCUACCCGGAAACCUCGAACAUCUCGCUAGAAGAUAUUGAUCGAAUCUUCAUGAAAGAAGGCGACGAAGAAAGCCCAAGUGAGAAGUCCUCAACGACUGCUGCCGAUGACAAUGGUGAGAGAUUGAGGACAGCGGGACCUUCCACGACGGUUGAGACUGGGGAGAAGGGGAAUGAGAAAUAUGUUGAGCAGGUCUAG